AGACGACCGUGGGAGAAAUCGCCGUCUGCAACGCGAGCCGCGCGUGGCAGACGACGCGACGGGGCACCGUUGGGCUGCUGUGCGCUGGGAGUUACCUCGCGACGAUGGAUGUGUUCGGUGAAUUUCGAGUCGUCAAAGUGAAGACGACUUUGACGGCGACGACGGCGACUUGACGUAGAGACGUCGACGGAAAAGAGACGGUGGUUGGCGUGGUGUGGUGCCGAGUCGGACGGGACGGCAUGGGCUGUCGACAGGGGUCUUUGCUCGCGGUCUGGUUGGCGCUCGCCUGCAUCAACGCUCGGCCCGUUCACGGUAGCUGGUGGCUCCUGGGCAUGCCGAGCACGUACCAGAACAUGCUGGCGCUCAAGCCGUCGGCGCACUCCGAGAACUGCAACAAGCUGCGCUACCAGGUGAAGGAGAACCGGGACCUGUGCGUGCUCAGCCACCGGGCCCUGCAGACCGUGAGCCGGGGCGCCAAGCUGGGCAUCGACGAGUGCCAGUUUCAGUUCAGGGCGAGCCGGUGGAACUGCACCACCUUCACCAACAUACCGUCCGUCUUCGGGGGAGUCCUCAACGUCAUGAGCCGUGAGAAGGCGUACGUGUACGGCGUGUCGGCGGCCGGCGUGGCGUACAGCAUCACCCGGGCGUGCAGCAAGGGCGAGCUCAACGAGUGCGGCUGCGACAACGCCAUCCGGCAGCGCAAGCCCCGGGGCUCCUGGGAGUGGGGAGGCUGCUCGGACGACAUCGGCUUCGGCGCCCAGUUCAGCAGGAAGUUCGUCGACGCCGGAGAGGACGCCGCCACGGCGCAGGGCCUCAUGAACCUGCACAACAACGAGGCGGGCAGAAGGGCCCUGCGCAAGAGCAUGGAGACGGUGUGCAAGUGCCACGGGGUGUCCGGCUCGUGCUCGGUGCGCGUGUGCUGGCGGCGGCUCAAGCCGUUCCGCGCCGUCGGCGACGCCCUGUCGGUCAAGUUCGACGGGGCCACGCACGUGCACAUGACGCGGGCCGGGGCUGCCAAGUCCGGCAGCUCGAGGAAGAGGCGGCCUCGCCUCCGGCCCGUGCUCAGGGACGUCAAGAAGCCCGGCAAGAAGGACCUGGUCUACCUCGAGGAGUCGCCGGACUACUGCACCAGGAACGAAACGCUAGCGGUUCUGGGAACGAUGGGCAGGGCGUGCAACAACACGAGUUACGGCAUGGACGGAUGUCGCCUGCUCUGCUGCGGUCGCGGCUACCAGACCGUCGUGCGGGAAGUGGACGAGAAGUGCCACUGCAAGUUCGUCUGGUGCUGCAAGGUGCAGUGUCAGACCUGCAGAGUCACCAAGGAAGAGCACUUCUGCAAGUGAAGACGGGGCAGAACGUUCUUGACUGUUCAACCGGUGGGUUUAUUUUAUGCGGAGACCCGCUGGGCCGGGUUCACGAUGAGCAAACGACUGUCCCUGUGAGAGUCGGGCGAACACAGUUAGGGGGCGCAGCUUGAAGAGGAAGGGAAGCUACGCGUACUAAGAGUACCGAGAAGAAGAGACAGGUUAGUGGCCAGCUGGACCAAAUGAGACAUUUUAUCGUACGAGUCACUUUCGUCCCUACUAGAAUGGAUGUGCAAUUGGCAGAACAAUUAGGUCAUUUAAAAAAAAAACAUAAGCUACCAGGAUUCAAUAUUUGUGUGUUUCCAAGGUACCCCAUCAGGUCAUUUUCUCGUAAACUUUUAUUCCUGAUGCUCAGUUGAGUUAUUGAACUAAAGAUUCGCAACAAGCAGGCUUUCAGUGAUUACUGGUUCAAAAAUAUUAAGCUUCAAGAACUCGUAAAACGUCCCAGUACAUAAAGAACAGCAUUACUAAUGAUGUUACCUACGCGAGUAGUCGUUACGGUGUCUGAGUAGGGAAACGUGCCACGCUGAACGGUCAACGAAUGAUCGUCAACAUUCCAAAGUGGGUUCGGAUCCGAUAUGCGCUGAAAAGUUUGUGCAAAAACACUUGGGCCACAAGAAGCUAUUGCGAGGAGUAGUUUCAGAAUGAUUUCACCCGUCUAAGAGACGCCAUAGUCAUUGUGUACAGAGACGACGAGGUUGAGAAGUACGGUGAGCCUCGCGACCACCCAUCGCAAGAGGAUACCAGGCAACGAGGACAGAUGGUCACACAGACGCCAGACGAACAAUGUGCUGUAAUCCUCAGUCUCAGCAUGCCAGCGCCGGCAAGUCGACGCACGGAACACCUGUGGUCAUCGGACGAGUUCGCAAAAUCCUUGCUGUCAGCAGAGCGCAACGGGUGUUGGAGUGUGCGGAGCCCUGAGCCGUGCCACGGACCUCUUCGGCAAUGUGUUGUGUACAUAGUAAGUUUUUUUUUUUUUUUUUUUUUUUUUUUUUGCCCGCAACCUUAAAGCAGAAGAAGCAACAAUAACGCGAGGCAGAGAGACGUUCGCAGUGAGGACACUGCUGAUCGAUAAGUCCGCAAACAAAGCCACCAAGUGAUUCAGAACACACCUUCGUUUAUCGAUGAGAAAGCGGAAGUAGGCGUAAGAAAAGACAUUCCCAGUGAACUUUGCACUUUUUUUUUCUUUUUUUCUCUUGUUUGUGUCCCGCGUGGUCGUCGAUAUCUUGAGGCAGCACGGAAACGACAGCGUCGCCUCUUGUUUUGAUAGGUCUACGUUUCGUCACCUGGCAACGGCUUCUGCAAGCGUGGAUGCUUGGGGUCGUCUGCAAUUGUGUCGGGGCAAUAUUUCCCAGGGAAAUCAUAAACUGCAGGGUUUCUUUUUUUUUAAAGAUUUUUUACUAACUGUUGGUGUAUUGGUUGCUAUUCGCAAAGCGAGAUUCACACACUUUUUGUGAGCGUGUCACUAUUCAUCCCCAACUAGUUCUGAAAGAGCAAACUGUCGCUGCUUUACUGUCUUUACUUCAAGGGAAGAAAAAAAAAAAACUUUGACAUUGAUACGAUCGCACUGGUAGGUAUACUGAAGUAGCGUUAACAAUAAGAACGGAAUGGAAAUUCAUCCUCGAUAUAGUUUACUUUUGAGUCCUGAGCGAUCCUCGUGUAAACAGAAAAGCUAUUUUUCUUUAUUUAUUUCUCCUUUGGCGUCAUUUCCACUUGGGGUUUCAUACUCAUACAAUAACUGCGCGAAAAUCACGCCUGAGCUGGGCUGUUUUAAGUAGGUGACUGCAGUUUUCUUCUUUAUUUUUUUAUUUUUUUAUUCUAAAGCCCAGAAACAGAGGAUCUGAAGCAAGUUUUUAAAAAGCUGCAAGGAAACUAUUUUAUUUGUGACCGUAGAAAAAAAGAACAGCAGUAGUUUCAGUUUGAGCCUGUGUAGCGAGGCAGGCAGCUGUGUCAUCGUCCACCCUGCAAACCUAGGCAGCGCCAUUUUGAAUUACGCUUCCCUAUUAAAAAGAAAAACCAUAUUCACCCAUACGAUCGAUAUCGCCCAUUACCAUUAUAAGACAACCACAUGACAUAUAUGCAUUUUUUCUAGACGAAAAACGGACAGGUAAGUUCGAUGAUUGACCACGGUUGUCUCUCAAACUUUUCCUGUCUGAUGGCACAUACAUGGUGUUGUUUUCUUCCGUCUGCUUUUAAUAGAUUUACAAUCAGCAAUAUUUUAAUGGAAUAGAUGCGGCGCACAGCACCGACAAUAUUUAUUUAAUGAUUAUAAUAUGUGUAUAAGGUAAGGCAGAUUGUAUUAAAACCGUUAAAAUCGUGAAUUCCGCCCAUGAAACUACAUAAUUGUCAGGCUUUUUUUUUUCUUCAGAUGGGUCCUUCGUUUGGUAUUUGGGAUAUGGGUCGUAUGGGUGCAUAUUGUUUUCUGUUUCGUUUUUAGUAGGGUUGCCCUUCUCGACGGCUGGGGUGAACCCCCGGCCGUGUUCCAAAACGUAAUCUAGGAGCUACGACUCUCAGUUGUUUCAUCUACAACCGACAUGCCACCCACCGAGGUUUAAUAAAGUUCGCACAGCACGUCGUA